GGUUCCCAGUCAUGAGGGAGUGUAUUUCUGUCCACAUUGGCCAGGCUGGCGUGCAGAUGGGCAAUUCGUGCUGGGAGCUGUAUUGCUUGGAGCAUGGGAUCCAGCCAGAUGGCAUCCUCUCUUCUGAGGCAUCCGUGGGGCUGGUGGACUCUUCCUUUGGGACCUUCUUCAGCGAGAGUGGCUCGGGGAAGCAUGUGCCCAGAGCAAUCUUUGUUGACCUGGAGCCCACUGUCCUUGAUGAGAUCAGGACUGGCAGUUACCGCGCACUCUUCCACCCGGAGCAGCUCAUCAGUGGCAAGGAAGAUGCUGCCAACAACUAUGCCCGCGGCCACUACACCAUUGGGAAGGAGAUCAUUGACCCUGUUGUUGAGAGGGCUCGUAAAAUGGUAACAAUGCCCGUGAGACUCUGCUGCUGCUGCCUUGUGGCUGUGGUUUCCAUGGCUGUCCAGUGAGGCAGCAUAGGUGUAG